AUGUCAGCUGAUGAUUAUAGAUUGUGUAUUUAUCUCGCCUGUGCUGCAAGCCUGCAACAGCUUUUUCUGUUGAUAGUCCUUGACAUUUCCUGGUUGUGGCUUGAUGGGGUCUCCAAAGACCAUAAUGGAUUGCAGGAAUUGGUCGUGUCUGUGGGGGCCCUGGAGUUCUCUGGUGGCAGAGCAGAAAUAGCUGAAGUAACCAGAUGCACUGGUGAUGCAUUCUUGGUGACUGUAAGAAACAAAAAACGCGUUGGUUACAAUUAUGAAUUGACAUUGAGAGUAAAUGGAGAAUGGACAGUUGGAUCAGAGAGGAGGAAGGUCAAAGGCCAUAUAGAUAUUCCAGAGUUCUCACUUGGUGAACUGGAUGAUUUGCAGAUUCAAGCAAAACUCAGUGAAGACGAAGAUCUUUUGGAACAAGAUAAGCGAAGGAUCAUUGAGGAUUUGAAAUUAUUUUUGCAGCCUCUGCGGGGGAAAUUACAUCAAUUUGAGCAGGAACUCAAAGACCGGUAGUAGUAACUACUAAAUGGCUGGGUAUUGAAGCUUUUGCUUCCUUAAGAAAUAAGUUGGAUUUGUGUCUCGUGUUUGGACUCAAGACUUAAAAUUAGAUUAUAGUGCUAGAUGAAACCGAUGUCAAGGUUCGUGCAUUUGUAAUGGAAGUGGAGCUUGAUUUUCUUUGUUUGUGAUGUACUAUGAAUAAUUAUUCUCAAUUUUCUAUGAACUUUUAAUGAACUGCUGUGUUUCUUCGUUGGUU